UURCUUUCAGGUCAUAUGACUAGAGUAGCAGAAACUUGCAACAAGAGACCGAAAGAUUUUUCCAAACAGAGACCGAAGGUUUUGCAGCUUAGUGCGAAUACAAGACAGACAUCUGCAGGCUUACACAGUGUUCUUUGGGUUAAGAAAUUCGAGACGCGCAGUUGAGAGAACCGUUACUUUCCAYCAUUAGUCUAUCAGUUGUUUAGCCAAUUUAGGAUUUUUUAAAUCGACCUAAUCCUAGUCGAUUCAAGUUGCAACUAUCUACCGAGAGAGUAAAAAUGUAUCUAUAAAGGCAGACUUUGACCGUUUUUCAUCAUUUGUUUUUAUUGUAGCCUCCGGUAUUUGCGUAGGAGGGACAGGCAUCACCAAAACGGAGCGCACAAAGCCAUUGYGCGCAGUACCACGUCAUUCUGUCAAACUUAUUGRAACUUGUUUUGUUACWUUCUAGCAAGAUAUACUUAAUUUUCUUUCAGAUAAUAUUUAGAUAGGUGGGGAGUCGGGGGAGAUGAUAACAGGGUUUCGACUGAACUUGGCGCCUCUCAAGGAACCGCUGGGAUUCAUCAAAUUUGUAGAAUGGGAUUUUGGUCUGACGGCAGCGAUUGCCUUCCUGUGGCUAGUGUGUUCCUCAGCAUGGGCCAAGGGGCUGCAGAACGUGAAGGAUGCCACCGGGACAGCGGGCAUCACCUCCACACUGGCACUCUGCAARGAGAGCGACGUGGCCUGCGAGGUCACUGACUUCGCCAACAUGCGCACCCUCAAUGUCUCGGUGGUGUUUGGGUACCUGAAUYUGAUCGUGUGGGCUGGCAAYGCCUGGAUUGUGUACAAGGAGACCCGCUGCCACUCUCAGAAGUACACUGCCCAGCACGGGGCUGGGGCCGGGCGUGGACAACAAGUCCCUGCUGCUAUCUAAUASUCUACUCCACUUCCAAUGCCCAAAAUAGCCCCGACACACCCUAAGUACUCCUGUAGAUCUGAGAGGAUUGGAUAGACACACUCGACGUUGUAUGGUAAUAGGCAGCUUUAUCUUGCCUGCUGAUUGUCUGGGUGGAAACGGCCAUAUUUUUACUGUGCCUUAAUUAUCAAUAUCUAUGCUUUGUCAAAUAUAUCUGUGCCUUCAAUACCUGUCCCAAUAUUGGGCCAAUCCUUUCUGUGCCUUAGCAUGCUAAUGCUUUCUCUCCUCGUGCCUUCUCUAACUUCUAAACCGGUGCCUUCUCUUACCAGUAAACCUGGUACGUUCUCCUAAGCUSUGGUACAGACUCAUUGACAGCAUUUGUGCACUUUGACCURCAACUACAUUGUCUUUGUUCUGGGCAUUUCUACCAAACCCUAACCUGGGAUGAUUCAGAUUCUUAAACAAUGUGUCCUUUCACCUCAUGGCCUAGAAGAGGCCAGAAUCCUGACCUGUCCUGAAUCCUGACCUGUCCUCACUUGCCUCUUUUUGCCAAGUGUGGCAGUCUUGCUUUCGUCCCUCUCCUUGCCCCAACCUGGGCUCGAACCAGGGACCCUCUGAACACAUCAACAACUGCCUCCCACGAAGCA